UCUUAUUUUUUCCCCAUCCGCGCGAGCUCUCGAGUGGCUUCCUCUUGCUGCGCCGCCGAUUUGAAUACAAUUUUUCCACAUAACCCUAGGCAAACACACUCUCGCGCGGUGGUGGGGUGGCCGUUUUUUGUGGAGGAAGGGGAGUGUGUUUACCGGCGGGACUGCCUGCUUUUGGACAGCUCGAAGAUCUCUCACUCAUCUCCACUUGAAGCGGCGAGUGAACCUGUCUCGCGCGAAAUAAGUGACAGCUCUCGUCCCGCAGUGGCUGUUCGGUGUCCCGGGGCACCAUGGCCCUAGAAACGGAGCGCUCGAGCCCCAACAACGCCUCUAGUCCGGGGCCCACCUCGACCAGUUCGCCGUCGUCCUCGUCCUACAAGCCGGCGCUGUCGCCCACCAUGGACAUCAAGCCGGCCAUCAUCCACCACCCCAUGCCCAUCUACCCUUCGACCUUCGCCCUGCAGGCCAGUUCGCGCGGGCGGCGUCCGGCCAGUCCGGCCGAGCCCGCGGCCCCCGAGCAACCCUUGCGCUUCUCCGUCUCCAACAUCCUGCGGCCCGAGUUCGGCCGCCGCGCCGUCGAGGAGUGCAGACUGAGGACGCACGUCGACUCCGGACGCAGCAGAUCUUCCCGCUGCAGCUCGGUCGACGGCGACUGCCGCAGCUUCACCUCGUCGCCCAUCCUGCACCACCGGCCGUGUAGUCCGCCCCCGAGGAAAAGGGUGGCCCUGCACCUGGACGACUCGGACAAACACAGCAACGGCGAUGCCAGCAGCGUCUGCAGCUCCAGCAGACCCGCGUCCUCGCUCGAGGAAAAACUCGCCGACCCGCCGGUGCCCAAGGAGCAGACGAUGUGGCCCGCGUGGGUUUUCUGCACCCGCUACUCGGACCGACCUUCCUCAGGUCCGCGUUCGAGACGGAUGAAAAAGCGUGAAAAGCGUCCGGACGAGAAGCGUCCACGCACCGCCUUCACUCAGGAGCAGCUGAACAGGCUGAAGCGCGAGUUCGAAGAAAACAGGUACCUGACCGAGCGGCGGCGGCAGCAGCUGGCCGGCGAGCUUGGUCUGCACGAGAACCAAAUCAAAAUCUGGUUCCAAAACAAGCGGGCCAAAAUCAAAAAGACGAACGGCGGCAAAGGCACGCUGGCCCUGCAGCUGAUGGCGCAGGGGCUGUACAACCACAGCACCAUCCCCGUCGACGAGGAGGAGGAACUGGAGGCGGCUGCGGCCGCCGCCGCGCAGGCGGGGGCCGAGGCGGCCGCCGCCAGGGCGGCCGGCGUCCUUUUCAACCCGCUGGCCCACUGAAAAAAAGAAGCAGUGGAGGAGCAUCUCAGUACAAGACUGGUUAGUUUUAAGACAAAUUCUCGAUAAUGGACACUGACUUUGGUGCAAAAGAAGAGAACUUGAUGAAAACAUAUGAUUAUAUUAAUUAAUGUGUAAAAAAAUUAGAGGAGAAAAAGAAUAGUUGUUGGAGUUGAGUGUUUUUGUCUUGUGCAUGUGCAAUAUAUUCAAAAAUAGUAAAUCACUAUAUACUAAUAUAAUCUGUGUUAAUUAUUCUAAAACAAAUUAAAUGCGGUAGGGCUUCUUAGAUUCGUGAACAAUACAUAAAAUUUAUUGCAAUCAUAGAUGGUAGAUUGAAUGUAAAUGUUGCAAAAAAAAAAUGUGUACAAAAGUUUGAAAUCGACUCCUUUAUUCUGUAUCUCAGCAGCCUGAAAUAAUAAAAUUGAAAUAAAUAUUUCAAAAAAUGUUUUUGCUUUGCAAAUUGCCCUAUCUCAAAAUUAAGUUCGUGCGCUUUUUAAAUUCAAAGGAUAAAUUCACGCUCGUUUUAAUAUUCAUCAAUGCGCCACGUUCACAAUAUUAAUGCUAAAUAAUGCUGCAGUACUAAUAAAGUGUACAUGUAUUACUCGGUACGACUCCUGUGUACAUAAAAUGAUGUGUAUUAUAAUUUAUUAUAUGUAUAUCGCCUCAUAGCAUCGUCGGAUAAUAAAAAAUCGAUCGUCAUGUUACAAACAAGUAGCCUUGU